UCACUUCCGUUGUGUUGGAAACUGCGGAGAAUUGAGCCUGAGAGGGGGGUCCAGGUUUGAGAACGACUAGUAGCUACAGGGAAAGCCGGCUGGAGAGGAACUAGUGGAUAGAUGUCCUAAUGGAGUUGGCUUUGGACCCUGGUGAUCAGGACCUGCUGGGCUUCUUGCUAGAGGAAAGUGGAGGUUUGGGGGCGGUGCCCGACGAGGUGUUGGAGGCUCCACUGGACUGGGAGUUGCCACUUUCCGAGGUGGGUGGGGUCUCAGUCGGGGAGGCAGGAGGUGGUGACAGGUCUAGGGCUGUUAAUUUCAAUCCUGUGAAGGCCCUGAGCGACUGGGACAUAGAGGAUUUCCUGAGCUCUCUGCCAAGUCCUCCAGCAUCGUUGAACAUUCUCAGCAACUCUAACCCCCACCUUGUCCACCAUGAUCACAACUACUCUCUCCCGCAAGAACAUGUUUCCAUAGAUCUAGAUGGUGGGAUCUGUGGAAAAGGGGAGACCCAGAUGACUCCACUGCAUGUGGAAGAGCCAGCAGAGCAGGAGAUUGUUAGCCUUACACUGACAGAUGAGGAGAAGAAGCUGUUGGAGCAGGAGGGGCUUACUCUGCCUGGAACACUUCCUCUCACUAAGAUGGAGAAACAAGUUUUGAAACGAGUGCGAAGGAAGAUUCGAAAUAAAAAGUCAGCUCAAGAGAGCCGCAGGAAGAAGAAGGUGUAUUUGGGAGUUUUAGAGAGCAGGGUCUUGAAAUACACAGCCCAGAAUCUGGAACUACAGAACAAAGUACAGCUCCUGGAGGAACAAAAUCUGUCCCUCCUGGAUCAGUUGAGGCGGCUCCAGGCCAUGGUCAUUCAGAUAGCAAACAAAACCAGCAGCAGCAGCACCUGUGUCCUGGUCCUCCUGUUCUCCCUGUGUCUCGUCUUCGUACCUGCUAUGUACUCCUCUGACACAAGGGGGAGCCUGCCAGCUGAGCAUGGAGUGUUAUCUCGCCAGCUUCGUGCCCUCCCUCACCAGCUGGAGCUGCCUGCCCUGCAGUCGGAAGUACCAAGGGAUAGCUCAGACCAUGAGCUCCAGGCUCCUGGCAACUCUUGCUGCCUGCUCUUCUAUAUGCCUCGGGCUCCGGGCACAGAGCCUCCCCUGAAGUUGCGGCUCCCUGACCUUUUCUCACAGUUCCCCUGCCCAGGUCCCCUCUUUCCCCUGCAUGCAAAUCUCACAAGAGAGGGGGGGUGGCUCCCUGCCCACAGACCCAUAUCCAUUAUCUUGCAAGGCAGAUACUCAGGUUAG